AUGUCAGCAUCAUCAUCUAAAACGCUUAAACGUAAGAAAGAAUCACAGUCUACCGACAAUGAUUGUCAAAUUGAUAUAAAACAACAUGUUCAUUGUCAACGGAAAAUAUUGGGAGAAGGAGAUAGUUGGUAUGAAGAAUCACUAUUUUCUUCAAAUGAAUCAAUCGAAAUUCUAAAACAACUUGAUGAACAAAUUGUUUAUUUACCUCGUGAACAAUUUCAAUUUAAAAUUUUUAAUACUAUUAAUCUUUUACCACGUGAUAAAGCUUUUUAUGGUGAUGUUUAUUCAGAUGGUAGUUAUCCACUCUAUCGAUAUGAAUCGAAAAAGGAUAUUAUUUAUCCAGAAGUAAAAGCAUGGCCACCUGUACUUAAAAGAUUGCGAGAUAGAUUAUUUGAAAUAACUGGUCAAAAAUGUAAUCAUUGUGUUGUUAAUCAAUAUCGAGAUAAUAAUGAUCAUAUUGGAUAUCAUUUUGAUAAAACUCGUGAUUUUGUAAAUGAUUCUAAUGUAUUAGUAUUUUCAUUUGGUGGUGAAAGAAUUUUACGUUUAAAACAUAAUGGAAGCAAGAUAACAGAAGAUAUUCAUUUAAAAUCAGGUUCACUUUUUGAUCUUGGAUGGAAAUCAAAUUCAAUUUGGAAACAUUCUAUUAUUAAAACUAAACGUUCAUGUGAACGACGUGUUAGUCUUACUUAUCGCCUAAUUAAAACUAUUUUACAUAAAGAUGGAACACUUACUGAAACAGAUGGUUCUGAUAUUAUAAUAGAAACAACUGCUCAUAAUAAUUCAAAUAUGAUCGAACAUGAAACAAAAAAGAUAAAAGUACACGAAAAAAGCGAAUGA